AUGCCUUCUCCAACCAAGAAAUCCAAACGCAAGAGUCUCACCGAUGUUUUCCAACGUCUCGAGAUAAAAAGCAAUCCUCCCGCACCCUCUCCUCGCUUCAACAUUGCCAAGUCGCUGUCCCAAUGCAUGCAGUCAACUUUCCGCAUUGGCAACGGCACUGUCUGCCCUCGCAGUAUCCGUGGUGUUCAACCCCAAUUUACGAUUUCAAUGGACGAGGCCUAUGAUUACAAAAUUGGUUCGAAUGAGUUCGAUCCUGAAACCACUUUCCCGGAAAUCACUUCCCUCAGCGAUGAACUUUCAGCCAUUCUGCAGAAGAGACCUACUCCUAUCCAAGAGACCGAGUUCGAGAACCAUAUUCUAAAGUGCCUUAUAACCAUGGUUUACGGGUCGAAUAGGAUCGAACGUGCCGGGGGUGGUUUCCAACUCACAUUCAAGCUUUGUCUAGCAGUUUUUCGCGGAGAAGAGGUACCAGAGGACGUCGGAGAAACUGAGGAGGAGUUCGUCGAAUUAAAGAAAAGUCUCCUACGCGCCGACCUGCCAGCAAAUGUUCUAGCAGUCAUACAAAGUCGCCGCGAAAUCAUCCAACAUGCGAAGGCUGCCUCGUAUAUUAUCACCCAACUUUGCCUCAACGACAAAGAUCUCACAGAAGAGAUAAUUCUGCAAACGCACAAAAUUCUUACGCACAAAGUUAAUGCUGAAGGAACUCCCUGGGGAGAGUACAGUGGGGUCUAUCGUUCGGAUGAAGUCAGUGUCGGCUUACACCAGUUUCCCCAUCCCAGCCUCGUGCCAUAUAAGAUGAAAGCCAUGAUAGAUGAGCUUCAAUACGAUUUCAAAGAGGUCAUUGCUAAAGGAGAAAUCGACCCGAUUUCUCUUCUUAGGGUGAGCGACCUUCCUUUUGUGUUUCAAAUGACGUGCAGAUUAUCAACUACAGUUAUGGCAUAA